AUUAAGCAAUCAAUUCUCUCUUUCCAAAAACCAUUUGGUCAUCAUGGGGCUUUUCACUUAUGAAACUGAAAUUGUUACAGCAAUUCCCCCAGCCAAGAUGUUUCAGGCUUUUGUCCUUGACGGUGACAAGCUCAUCCCCAAGAUUGUGCCCAAGGCAUUUAAGAGCGUUGAAUUCAUUGAAGGAGAUGGAGGGCCUGGCAGCAUCAAGAAAAUUACUUUUGGUGAUGGGAGCCGGUUCAAUUAUGUGAAGCACAAGGUAGAAGCAGUAGACAAAGAUAAUUUUACAUAUUGUUACAGUGUGAUUGAAGGUGAUGCUCUGAUGAACACACUUGAGAAAAUCACUUACGAGACCAAAUUGGAGCCCUCUCCUGAUGGAGGUUCCAUCUGCAAGAACAUCAGCAAGUAUUACACCAUUGGUGAUAUUGAGAUCAAGGAAGAAGAAAUCAAGGCCGGCAAAGAAAAGGCCUUGGGAUUAUUCAAGGCUAUUGAAGCCUAUCUCCUAGCAAAUCCUGACGCCUACUGAGAGAUUAAUGCCAUUAUUAUUCAGCUAGUAAUGUGUGUGAAAAUGCAUGUCUGCUUGUGAGAGAGAUUUGGGAAUAAGAGUUCAAAGUUUGU